AUAUGAAUAGACGACGCACGAUGGCCCGCGUUGUCUAUAAUAUGCGGUCAUAGACGACGUGCCAUCUGCUUGUCGUCUAUUCAUAUAAUAGACAACGCAGCACAGGUGAUAGACGACGUGUUUGAGCGGCAUGUUGUCUAUGUGCAUGGUGAGGCGCUAAUACACGACGUGCGAAGAAGGGCGUCGUCUUUAAUGCAAUAGACGACAAACAUAAUGCGCGUCGUGAAUCUGGAAAAUCAAAUUAGGGUUAGGCGUGUUUCCCACUCUCUCCCGCCGCUCUCUGAAAUUUUCUAACAGCUCUUCUUCUCUUCUUCUCUGAAAUUUCAAUCGUCCACCGUCCGACGCACCCACCGUCCGUCGCACCCACCGGCGCUUCACCCACCGCAACACCUGAUGCCUCACCCCCCUCGUUGAUCGAUUUUGCCGCCCACCUCCACCUCGGCGAAUGGAUUAGGCGAAGCCCUAGCCGCCGCCGUUAAGAGCCACCAUCGGAGAGGGGUCGACGUUGCGAAGCCCUUGCCGCCACUCUACCUUCGCCUCGACGAUAUUCUGCCGCCCAUCUCCGCCCCAGAGAUGUCCCAAAGCCGCCGGAUUUUAUUCGGAGGGCUGAGCUCCAAGUUUCACCAUUGACGUCUGCACUCUCCGGCCCGCUCAAGCUCGCCCUUCUCCAUUCUUCUCUAAUUUUUGAUCGAUUAUUCCACUCACCCCGCUCAAGCUCACUCCGGUGAGUUUCAUAAAUUCAUACCCUAUUUUUGUGAUUAGUGCCCUGUUAGUACCCUGAUUAGUGCCAUGAUUAGCUCCAAUUAUUGAUCGAUUAAUUAUGUUAAUGUCGAUGAAUGGCGGUGUUGCAAAAACAUGUAUCGUUGAUGUCGAUGAAUGGGGUGGACAUUGGCUUUGAAUGAAGGAAUUCAUCCCUGUUGAGGAGGACAAGGAAUUCAUCCCUGUUGAGGAGGACAAGGAAUUCAUCCCUGUGAUAUGAUUGGUACUCAUUUAUCUAGAGAACCUCUAACAGUAAGCAACUUCUAGACACUUGAUAUGGUGCUGAAAAGUUGAUUAUGACGAACCCUUCCAAUCUAGAUAAGAAUAUUCAGUUUCUUUUAGAUUGAGAAGUUGGUCUAUAUCUCUUCUUCUUGUAUGCUAGCCACCUAUCUAUUAUACUUGAUUAUACCUCCCUCAUUGCUCACGUUUUAUUGUUUAAAACUUAUUUACUUUGAAUUUUGAAUGAAAGGAGGUGUAGUAUAAUGACUAUAUGUAUAUAUUAUGAGUUGUCAAGAUGGGAUAAAGAUUGUUUUGAUUAUGAAUAUGCCCAGUCCAUAAUUAAGUUGUCAAGAAAACAGGGUUUCUUGAACACUAGUGUAAGCUCUGUUUUUGCUUCAAGGUUUUACUCUUUUUUUGUUCUUCGUUGAAUUUGUGAUUAAUUUGUUUUUCUUUGCAUGAUGUGUUUCCUGAUGGCAAUGUUCUGAAAAGCAUAGCAGCUGAUAAUGUGAAGGCCAGCAAUGUGGCAAAGAUCAAAGUAGUGGUACGUAAAAGACCUCUAAACAAAAAGGUCUAUUAUGUGAGGAGAGGCCACGAAACGCGUUGUCUAUUAUGUCUAUAGACGACAUUUUAGUGGAAUAUGUUGUCUAUGACCGCAUACUUUAGACGACGUGGGGAGUUGACUGUCGUUUUUAUGGACCUUAGGCGACGUGUUUCACGGUGCGUCGUCUAUUAUUUUACACAUAGACGACAAGCUCAGUUUCGCGUCGUGUAUUACAAUUAAAUGAAACAGGACUCGCAAAGCUUGAAAUGCUGAAUGUCAACUAUUGUAAUUUGAUCACCGAUGCUGAUAUGAAGGCUAUCUCAGAUGAUGUUGGUGCUCUUGGCUGGUGGGACCUGUUCAUAAAUUAUGGGAUUGCCGAAUGCUUUGCAUUUCUUGAUCGCACAAAAUGGUCAAAUCCAGUAAUUCAUAGAAAUUCACAAACAAGAGAAGAAAGCUCAUCUUCUAGUGCUAUUAGAUAUCUGGACUGGAAUAGUGGUUUGGUGGUAUCUUCUGAUGAUCAUUUGCAGGAUAGAAUUUGUGGCCUGCAAGACAUUGGUGGCCACAUAAUGAAAAUUCCAAUUAUUGUUUUCCAAGUCCUCCUCUGCAUGAAGCUAGAGAUAUCAUGUUUCUGCUCAACAUUAUAAGGAUAUUGGUGCUUUUCCAUUGACCAUCAAUUUAUACAUUUAGGAUUUUGGUUAUAUUAAUUUAAUUUCCUUUUUCCCCCUUUUCAAACAGGUCUUAUAAAUUUGGAGAGCUUAAACCUUGAUUCUUGCAGGAUUAAAGAAGAAGGGAUUCUUUACCUUAAUUCGGUUACUCAGAUCUUAUAACCUUGAUUUUUGUUAUACUCAAUAGCUUUUAGUUGCUCAAGUUUGGCCUGAGAUCUGCAUGUUAAAAACUCAUGUGGAUAUAUUGCCUGAUUUCACACCUGAUUUUGGAUCUAAACUUCGCUCGGUAUAUCCCUAUUCUUUGAAUGUUAUUUCACAUUUUUAUUUAUUUUCAACUAGUGCAGCUACCGGAUCAAGCUGCCUAUUGAAAAGGAGCAAGAGAUGAAGUUUUCAAAGGAUGUUAAGAAGAUGAGAUUUUAUGAGAAGAUCUGAAGUAUUGAAUGUUUAUUGUUUUUUUUUUACAAAUAUUCUUAGUGGCUUCAUGAACAAUGUUUGAAUGUAAUGUUGGUCGAACGAUGUUUGAAUGAAUGUAUGAAUUUUUACUAUUAAUAAAUAUAAUUUUAGCUUUUUAUUA